AUGAGGAAGCAACUGGGUGGGUGCUGCCUGGCCAUGGUCUGCGUCCUGCUCUUCAGCCAGCUCGCCGCAGUGCAGGCGAGAGGCAUAAAGCACCGGAUCAAGUGGAACCGCAAGGCGGCCGCCCCGCCCAGCAGCUCCCAGGUCACCGAGGCCCAGAGGGUGGAGAUGCAGCUGCGCCCGGGCGCCUUCAUCAAGCACGGCCGCAAGCUGGAUAUCGACUUCGGAACCGAGGCCAACAGAUACUACGAGGCCAACUAUUGGCAGUUCCCCGACGAGAUCCACUACAACGGCUGCUCCGAGGCCAACGUGACCCGGGAGAGGUUCGUCAGCGGCUGCAUCAACGCCACCCAGGCUGCGAACCAGGAGGAGCUGUCCCAGGAGAGACCGGACAACAGGCUUCACCGGCGCAUCCUCUGGCGGCUGGUCCGGGAGCUCUGCUCCGUCAAGCGCUGCGAUUUCUGGUUGGAAAACGGAGCGGGUCUCUGGGUCGCCGUGGACCGGCCCGUGAUGCCCUGCCUGCUGGUUUCCAUUUGGUUCAUUGUGAAAUAAGCCUGCAGGCAGGCGGGCAGCCGCCGCGAUGAGCUAAGCGGGCGAGCCAACCACAGAGUCAUCCCAACUCUCUGCCCCCGUCUCCACCCCCUGUUCUGAAGGUACCAGAGAGCAGUGAUUCCUCCGCGCUUCCAUAGCCUCCCCGUGUCCGCCCGGGUAUCUGCUUGAAUGUGAUGGUUCGGGUCUCAAUCCCCUGCAGGCCGUCUCGUCCCGAGGGCGCGCGCGUUCCGCGCUGCAUCCUCAGCUCCCUGCGGAGUGCCUGGCACAGCUUAUUACACCAUAGAUGUUUGGUGAGCUGGUGAAAGAACGCACCAGGGACUGUGCCAAGCACUUCGCAAUACUUCCCAGCAAUUCUCAGAGGUAGGUGUUAUUCCCAGAGC